GAGAGUCAGCCUCACGUCACCUCAGUCCUCCCACUAUACGGGUUUCCCCGCCUCAUGCCUCCGGCCUUCAUCCACCUCGUAAUCCCCGGCCUGGCGUGAUUGCUGUAUCCGGAUUUGUGGGCGGCACAGGCGGCCUGAGAGUCGUCCCCGGUGCCGGGAGGAGGAGGCUGAGAGCUCCAAGGGCCUUGGGCCUCAGAGCCCGACGUGGUAUAGCGUGCGUUCCCAAGGUACUCACCUCUGUAGUAAACAGAUCUUCGCGCUCCUGAGAAUAAAAAUCACUAGGGUGGAGGUCUUUAAAUACCUAUUGAUUUCACAUCUCUCUUUCCUUCACUCUUCUGUCUACGGAAUCCUGGAGACUUCAAAUUAAUUUGUAUUAUCAGGGAAAUACAAUAUAUAGGUGACUCAGGAGGUUCUGGCCUUCUCGGUAUAAAGCCGUCAGCAGAGGCAGAUCAGAGUCCAUCUGUUAUCAGGGCAGCAUACAGUCCGUCAGUGCCACGGCACUAGCUGGCAGUACUUUGGUCCUGAGGACGAAGCAGAGCUCAGGAGCUUUCUACGCUGCAGUCAGGCGCAGCGCUGCAUUCUGGACAAAUGGGCACGGAUCAAGAUGAAACUGGAUAUCGGAGACAAUUCAAUGCAGCUGUGUCAGUUAUCCAGAGCUUACCAAAAAACGGUGCUUACCGGCCGUCCUAUGAGGAAAUGCUCAGAUUUUACAGCUACUACAAACAGGCUACAGUAGGACCCUGCAACAUAUCCCGCCCUGGUUUUUGGGAUCCUAUUGGCAAAUAUAAGUGGGAUGCCUGGAGCAAGCUUGGUGCUAUGAGUCAAGAAGAUGCCAUGUGUGCUUAUAUCAGAGAAAUGAAAAUGGUGGCACAAAAGAUUAUAGACACAUUCCCUCUGGAAGACACAUCACCUGAGAUGAUUGAGCCUUUCCGCCCCCUGUAUGAUGUCAUCCCUGAUAUGCCACGUCCCCCCGACUCCUUUUUCACGACCACCAGUGAGACUGAACAUUCUGAGGAUAUAACAGAGCAUGCAAUACCAGAGCGGAGUGAAGAAAUGGAGGACCAGCAGUCUAGAGACCAUAAUCAAUAUGCAACUGGAAUGGAAGAGGUGGAGCUGGGUACACUGUCAGCGGAAAAAGAGCUAGAACAAAGAGCGGAUCCUUUAGGCGGGGCAGCACAUCCAGUGCAAGCGGAUCAGCGUCUGCAUAGCUGGGGAUCUGAAAAUGAUUAUUCUGACAGUGUGGAACAGCUCAUGUCUGAUCAAGAAUAUGAACAUGGUUCACACUUAUUUAAAGCAUCUGAUGUUACACACAAAAAGACCAAGACUAAGUCAAGGAGGAAAAGUGCAGACAGGCGAAAGGAUGAUGUCUAUGUACCAGAGUCUCACUCCACUAAUGAUGGCUGGCUGAGAAAUCUCAGUGAAGAAGACCAUGGAGACACAUCAAGUGGAUUACAGACUAGAUGCCAAAAUAACCCAAACCAUUUGAGCCCUCAGAUUAAAGCCACAGUGGAGGCUCUGCAAGCUUCAGUCCAGGGACUCUGUCAGCGGCUAGAAAGCCUGGAGAGAACUUUACAGGAUCAGCGACAGUACAUAGAAAGCCAAGCACAGAGAUCACAUAAAGUGCCGAAACAGCAACUACCUUCGCUGGCCAAGUCUCAGACGUUUCUGUUCAUAGUCAUCUGGCCAUUUGUCGUGCACUGGCUGCUGCGCAGGUUUUUAUGGAGGAAGAGAUGACCUGUUAGUUUUGGCCCAUGCCAUCCCUUGUACAAGACUAUAUCUAAAGUGGACAGAAUGAAUCAGAACUUCACCGGACAGCUGUUUUAUAAAAGAGACAGCAGCAAAAAAAGAGAAAAACAAGAAGCUUAGUGGAUGUAAAUUUACCAUUGUAUCUGGAAUGGGUUAAUAAUGAUUUUUCUUGUAAUAGUGCCUUGUUGAUAUAGGAAUGAUAUCGCAUUGUUUUCAUUGCCUCUUUGAAUAAUCUGCCCUGUCCUGUCUGCUGCCUUACACCCUCUAACACUACGUGCCUUUAUAGCUCGUAAACAGGAUUUUCCCUUUAAGGGAACGCAAGCAACUAAGGCCCAAGCAAACACAGUAACAAAGAUAGAAAGUUAGCAUACAGUGAAACACAGCAUGACAUUAAAGGUAGAGAAUAAAGGGAUCAUAGAGAGCCAUAGCACUAGGCAGGACAGGAGAGCAGGCCCUGGAUCUGGGCAUCAUUGCAGAGUAAAAUAUGGAAUCAGAUGGGGCAGAUCAGUCAGGCAUUAGUUUAUGCAGUAGGGGAGGCCGUGGGGGCAUGCAAGGCAAGAGGGGAGGCCGUGGGGGCAUGCAAGGCAAGAGGGGAGGCCGUGGGGGCAUGCAAGGCAAGAGGGGAGGCAGUGGGAGUGCGAGGAAACAAGAGAAAGCUGUGGGCAUACAGGUGCAAGAGGAGAGGAGCUGAGGUGUGCAACGGAAGAGGAGAAGCAAUGGAGUUGCAUAAUGACAAGAGGGGAAACAGCCGAGGUACUCAAGGGCAAAUUGGGAGGCGGCAGAAGCAUGCAAGAGGAGAGGUUGCUGGGGCAUGCAAGGCAAGUGGGGAGCUGCGAAGGUAUAGAAGGGCAAGAGGGAAGCUGCAGAGGCAUGCAAGG